CCAUCAUGGGCUACAGCAUCGAAGCCUGUCAAGUUGUCUUUCGAGCAAUUGAGUUGAGCAGCUCAGUGAUAGCUUGGUCUGUGGCUGUGAUUCUUGCGAUAGCUAUUAACCAUGGCAGCUGUGGCGAAGUCCGCAAGAGUCGAGAGCCUGGCCGGCAGCGGCCUGGUGGCCAUUCCUUCGGAGUACAUUCGGCCGGAGAGCGAGAGACUGAACAUCGUUGACAUCUUCAAGGAUGAGAAGAACGAGGAAGGGCCUCAGAUCCCAAUCGUGGAUUUCAGAGGCCUGGAAUCGGAGGACAAAAGCGAGCGGGAGCGCGUCUAUGAGGAGGUGAAGAGGGCUGCCAUGGAGUGGGGGGUGAUGCAGGUCAUGAACCAUGGGAUAGACGCUGGGGUCAUUGAAGAGCUCAAGGUGGCCGGCGAGUCCUUCUUUGCACUGCCCAUCGAGGAGAAGGAGCGGUAUGCCAAUGACCAGGCAUCCGGCAAGAUUGAUGGCUAUGGCAGCAAGCUUGCCAACAAUGCCAGUGGCCAGCGCGAGUGGGAGGACUACUUCUUCCACCUCCUCUACCCAGAAGAAAAGAGAAACAUGUCCGUUUGGCCACGGACCCCCUCAAACUACAUCGCUGUCACGGAGGAGUACGGGAAGCAAUUGCGGAAGGUGGUGACCAAGAUCCUGAACAUUUUGUCCCUCGGGCUCGGCGUGGAAGAAAGCAGGCUGGAGAAGGAACUGGGAGGCAUGGACGACCUGCUGAUGCAGCUGAAGAUCAAUUACUACCCCAAGUGCCCCCAGCCUGAGCUUGCUUUAGGAGUAGAGGCUCACACAGACAUCAGCGCCCUGACUCUGCUGCUCCACAACAUGGUGCCGGGACUGCAGAUCUUUCAUGAAGACAAGUGGGUGACGGCAAAAUGCAUUCCGGGGGCCUUGAUAAUCCAUGUGGGCGACUCUCUGGAGAUCCUCAGCAAUAGCAGGUACAGAAGUGGACUGCACAGAGGGCUGGUGAACAAGGAGAAGGUGAGGAUCUCUUGGGCUGUGUUCUGCGAGCCACCAAAGAAUCAGCUCCUGCAGCCACUCACUGAGCUCGUUUCCGAGGCCGAGCCGGCGACGUUCUCGCCGCGAACUUUUGCGCAGCAUGUCGAGCAGAAGCUUUUCAGGAAGAACCAAGAAGCAGCUGCCGCAAAGGAACAGAAAUAGAUCAGAUCAGUACUGAUGCCUUUGGUUUCGCCUCCGGUUGUGGUUUAGAAGGAUCGAUCCACUCUGAACCUUCUCUGCUUUCGAUGUUUGGGAAAUAAUAGGGCGCUUUUGUCUUUGCUUCAGUCUGAUGUAGUUGAAUUGAUGCUUUUGCGUCAUGUGUCGUUCAAUAAUCACAGGUUCAUAGUUAUUGGCA